UUUAUGUAAGGAUGGAAUGCAUCCACGACUAAAAGCAGUUUUCCCAGUCCGUGCUCAGCUGCUCGCCUAGCUUGUACUCAACUUGUUAAGACUAAGAAUUGGGAGAAAGUGUCAGAAGAUAAGCCUGUAUCAAUAUACACACACGACAAGUCCUACCUAGUAACUGUAGAACAAAGUGAGAGACACUACCAGCUACACAAGAGUAAUAAGUUACAGGACGCUAAACUCUCCGCUGAACAACUCAAAGGGAAACUAAAGGAUCUGCUACAUCUCGUCCAUAUAUCAGAAAGUAGUGAGUUAGAGACCCUACUAGAACACAGUAAGAAGAACCCUUCCCACUCAGUCCUACAGUCAGUUUGUCACCUCAACAUGUUCAACAAGUUCUCUGAUGGUCUAUCUGGACUCAAGACCUACGUUAACUCUCCCGCUCUAGGUCGCAAUCAGGUGCCUCUACAUAUAGCUGUGAAGAGUAACACUGCAUUUGCUGUUAAUCAGCUUCUCAAUGCUGGUGGUGACCCGCUGGCAAAGGACGAGGCAGGCAAUAACCCGGUACACGCUGCAGCCUUUAGCGGCUGCUACAUUGCUCUUGAAGCUAUCCUCGCUCACGAAACUGUUAAUCGAAAUGGAAUAAAGGAGGACGUAUUAGCCUCCACCAAUAAUGAGGGGGACACCCCUCUACACCUCGCCUGCAAGGCACCUCAAGUCAGCUGUAUAGAUCUCCUACUCGACCAUGGAAGUAGAUUUGAUACCCCCAACCUAGAGGGGUACCGUCCCAUCCAGAGCGCAGUGAUGUCACAGCACGCAGACGUGCACGCAAUAGACAAGUUGCUGGAACAUGAUCCUUCCCAAGUGGAGGUGACAGAUGGUGAGGGUAACGGGUUACUCCACCACGCCAAGGGGCAGAAGGUUAUUCAGUGUUUAGUGCAUCACGGAGUAGAUACUACCAAGCUUAAUAACAAAGGUCAGACAGCUCUACACAAAGUAGUAUCUGAGGAGGGUUCAACUAACCCACUCGACCAGCUAACUGCUCUGCUUCUUAACGGGGUUCCUGUGGAUCUCCUGGAUAGUAACGGAGAUACAGCUCUUCAUUGUCUCGCUAGACUGCCUGCUAAGAAGGGGAGUAACAGAGAGUUCAUGAUAAAAGCUCUGGUGAUUCUAGGAGCGGACCUAAACCAACGUAACAAGAGUGGCAUGACAGUGUAUGAUGUGGCUAAGAAAGAGAGCUGCAGGAGCACUAUGACAGUGCUAGCUGCGGUGGGGGCUGAUGAUAGGAAGUACCUGGACUGUAAACAGUACCCUCCUAUCAGCCAGGAAUUGCUAGACGAAGCCAGCAGUGACAAAGUGCCACGUAAGCGCGUUAACUGGGAUAAGAACAACGCGGCAGUGCUCGCACUGGACGGUGGAGGUAUCAGGGGCCUAGUCCUGGUUCAGAUGUUACUUGACUUGGAGCGCAGGUCUAAUCUGCAGAUAACACAGCUGUUUGACUGGAUCGGUGGAACCAGUACUGGUUCUAUGUUGACUUUGGGAAUGAUAUACGCUGACAUGGGACUGAGGGAUGUGCAGCAACUUUACUUUAGUCUCAAGGACGAGAUAUUUCAAGGAUCCAGACCGUACAACACGGAGAUACUGGAGAACUUUAUGAAGACUAAGUUUAGUGAGAGUGGGGUCAUGUCCUCACGUCAGUUUCCACGUUGCGUCGUCCCAGCAACCAUCGCAGAUUGCCGGCCCUGCAAACUGCACGUGUUUAAAAACUACGGUUUCCGUUCCGAGAACGAUCUCCCUCCUCCUCAUCUUCAGAAGAUCUGGGAGGCGACGCGCGGCAGCAGCGCUGCACCUACCUACUUCACACCACACAAGCGCUUCGUAGACGGUGGUCUGAUGGCUAACAACCCUACUAUCGCUAUUCUUACUGAGAUGCAUGAGUGUAACCAGGACCCUGGAAAACUGGGUUACUCUGAGGCUGCUGCACCGGUAACGUUUACAGAAGGUUUAAUGAGAGCAGUGGUGGGGGAAGAUUUCAGUAAAAGAGAACAGGACAAUAACGGGGUGGGCUACAUUGAGAGUAGGCCUGUGCAACAAGGAAGUGAACUAGUAAAGAACGUAGAACAGGAACCUACUAAACCCUAUGUAGUAGUCUCAUUUGGUACAGGGCUAGCUCCUGAAGUGUUUGUGAAGGACUAUAACGUCUCAAAGGUAGAGGGUCCGCUUGGUGCUGGUCGCUUCCUGCUCGGAGUUAAAGAGUUUGCUGAAACACUCGUGGAACAGUGCGCAGCAACUGAUGGGGCAGUGGUAAUGGGCGCUAAAGCGUGGUGUGAGAGCAUUGGGUCCUACUACUUCAGACUGCAACCACAGAUGUCGUACAACAUGAAGAUGGAUGAAACUGAUAACAAGAACCUUGUGGAAUGUCUGUGGGAUGUGCAGUGCUUUAUCUACCAACAUAAGGAUCAGUUUGCUAAGAUGACAGAUUUACUGAUGUCCGCUUUCUGAGGCCCCAGAAAAUUAGAAACUUAGAAAGAAUUUUUGGAAUGUGCAUAUUUCUCAUUUUUGCUAAAUUUUGUUGUUGACUCAUCUUAGCCUAUUAUUUUGUUUAGAACUUAAGAAAAUCCUAUUAGAAGAUUAUUGCAUAGGAUUCUCUACGUUUUGACUCUGUUUACACACAGUAUGAUUAUUUAAGUUAAUUUAUUCUCAUAGUAUGGUGUGGGAUGGUCUUCAGCGUGGUUAGUUGCUGUAUCAAUAUUCGUUAACUUUGUAUUGUUAGAACUUAAAAUUAUUAAUUAUAUUCUGUAUGGAAUUGGUUAGUGCGGUUUCGAAUAUUUACUUUCGAUAAGUAUAAAAUAAGAAAUAUUUGUUUGUGUAAUAUAACCAGAAUUUGUUGCUGGAUCUCUUAAUUGAUGUAAUUUGAUCAUUUCGACUGUUGAAUGUCUAAGGCCUCGUGAUUAUUUUGAAUCUUUGUCAACUUUAUUUCGAAUGUAGAAUCGUUUUGUGUUUACUGUUAUAAUAUAUUGUUAAUAUUCGUGGUCAGAAUUUGUUGAUUGAUCGAUUUUUCAGUAACGUUCACAAUGAAACAAUUUCAAUUCUAUUAAUGUUAUGAAAGUAUUAAAAGAAACACAAUCACAACACUUGCAAGAGAUACUAAAAUGAACAAAACAGAUGAGCCUAGUUAGUAGGAUAUUUACCUGCAACACUCAAUGACCAUAUAAUCGAACUAGCCCAAAAUCUCAUCUGAACACCUGAUUAUGUAACAUAGGAGAUAUUUUAUAAACUUAUCAAGUACGCCAUUAAUUGGCUGAUUUUAUACCACCUAAAUG